ACAGAUGCAGGUGAUAGGAUACACAGAAUGGAGAAGAUAUUGAAUCCCUUUUCUCUCUUCCCUCUCCUUUCCUUCUUACGUCAAAUUCAUCAAUUCCCCCACUUUUUUUUUUAUUUUUUUAUUUUCUUUUAUUAAAAUCACAGUCCACCCUCUCCCACUAUUUAAUUCUCUUACUGCCUAUACAUCUACGCCGUUAUACCCCAAGAUUUUCGUUUCAUUUCAAUAAACAAACCGUACCCACUGCCUGUAUUCAACCAUGAUAGCUUACAUAGAGCGGUUUGUCCAUGACAACGACGUCGACUCCUUGCCAGAGCCCGAGACCGCCGAAGAACAAGCCGACCUCUCCCCCCUCUUCAACGGCGUCGACCUCCAGGGCACCGUUGAAUUCGCCGGAUGCGGCUCAGCCUCUGGUAGAGACUUCGGAGGCGUUCAGUUGUCCAAGCCGUUGGCCCUCAUUAGACCAGCCAACAGCGAUGACGUCGCCAAGGUUGUAAGGCUAGCGUCACGGUCGCCGCACCUGACCGUGGCUGCCCGCGGCAACGGGCACUCGGUCAACGGGCAGGCUAUGGCCCACCGCGGCCUCGUCCUAGACAUGAAAACUAUUGAACCCAAGAUCACCGUGGACCCCGCGACGGCGCAGGCUGACGUCAGCGGCGGUGCAUUGUGGGAGGACGUCCUCAAACGCUGUGUUUUAGGCUACGGCCUCGCCCCUCGCUCUUGGACGGAUUACUUGGGUUUGACGGUUGGUGGCACGCUAUCGAACGCCGGCGUUAGUGGACAGACUUUCAUUUACGGCCCGCAGACGGAAAAUGUAACAGAGCUGGAAGUGGUCACCGGAAACGGCGACGUAUUAGUUUGUUCAAAGAAUGAGAAUCCGGAGCUCUUCUUCAGCGUUCUUGGCGGACUCGGGCAGUUUGGAAUUAUCACUCGGGCCCGGGUUUUGCUCCAACCCGCACCCGACAUGGUGAGGUGGAUAAGAGUGGUGUACAGUGAGUUCAGCGAGUUCACUCGGGACGCCGAGUUCUUAGUGACCCGGGCUGAGGGUGACUCUUUCGACUACCUGGAAGGUUUCGUCUUUGUCAACAGUGAUGACCCGGUUAAUGGGUGGGCGUCCGUGCCGUUGGAUUCGGACCAAUUUUUUGACCCGAGCUGUAUCCCGCGGGCGGCAGGUCCGGUUCUCUACUGCCUUGAAGUAGCCUUACAUUACAAAAAUGAGGACCCGCCAUCCGCAGUUGACAUGAGGUCGGAGAGAUUGAUGGGAGGGCUGAGAUUCGUGGAAGGAUUGAGGUUCUCGGUGGAUGUGGGGUACAUGGAAUUUUUGUUGCGUGUGAAGCGUGCGGAGGAAGAGGCCAAGGCCAAUGGUAUAUGGGACGCCCCACACCCGUGGCUCAACCUCUUUGUGUCCAAAACAGACAUUGCUGAUUUCGAUCGUGUUGUUUUCAAGAAUAUUUUGAAGCAUGGCGUUGGUGGACCUAUCCUCAUCUAUCCUCUACUACCUUCCAAGUGGGACAGUCGGAAAUCCGUAGUUUUACCGGAAGGAGAGAUGUUUUACUUGGUGGCGUUGCUACGCUUCUGCUUCCCCUAUCCAAAAGGCUUAUCAGCUCAAGAAAUGAUUGUACAAAAUCAGGAAAUUCUUCAAAGCUGCAUUCAAAAUGGGUUUGACUUCAAGUUGUACCUUCCCCACUACACCUCCAGGGAGGGGUGGAAGCGCCACUUUGGAAAUCAAUGGACCAGAUUUCAGGAAAGGAAGGCCAGGUUUGAUCCAAUGGCCAUCCUUGCACCUGGCCAGAAAAUAUUCCCAAGAAAUUGGCACCCCUAAUCAUAUCAACCCCACCAUUCAUUUCUCUGCCUUCAAUUUUUCUUUAGGAGUUUCGUUUCCUAUUGGUCAAGAAGCAGAUCAAGCAAUGUAAAUGAAUAUCUUGAGGAAAUUUUGAUUUUCUUUUUUCUUUUUCUUUUUCUUUUUUUUUUUUUUUUGGGUUUCAUAAUUAGUGGCUUCUAGAAAAUCCAAAAAUGGUGCUUGUCUUUAGGAGAGAGAGUGACAAUCAGCCUUAGUCGCAAUCAAUACAGUUCAAGUUCCCAAUAAUUAAAAUGUUGGGCUGUAAAGUUGCAGAUGCAGUGAGAGGCAUCUCAUUAUCUACUCUACUAUUUUUUGACA